AUGACCGACAAAACAGUCUGCGUUUCUGGAGUCACUGGGUACGUCGGUUCCUGGGUCGCUUUGACCUUCUUGCAGCACGGCUGGCACGUCCGUGGUACGGUCCGCUCCCAGCAAAAGCGCGCCUCCUUGCUCGCCACGUCUGCGCAGCUCAAAGCAUACAGCGACGCUGGAAAGCUCACGCUUUGGACAGUCGAGGACGUCAUCACUGGCGACUUUUCGGAGGCCUUGCAAGGAUGCAUUGCCUUUGCACACACCGCCAGCCCUUUUGCUUUGCGCGGCAGCAACAACGAGCGCGACUUUUUGAAACCGGCGCUGGAAGGAACGCGCAACGCUAUUCAAGCUGCUCACAAGAGCGGCACUGUGCGCAACUUUGUCGUCACGUCGUCUUUUGCCGCAAUGAUGGAUGGUGACGACAUGUUUCCCUUCAAUGCGCGACGCUACACCGAGCACGACUGGAAUCCCGCCACAUACGAGUUUGCAGCUCAAAGCGACGUUCCCCUCAUCGGUUAUGUUACGAGCAAAGCGUUGGCCGAGAGGUUCUGCUGGCAGUAUCGAAAGGACAAUAAUCUCGAGGGCAAGAUGAAUAUUGGUGCGCUUUGUCCACCCAUGAUUCUAGGUGUGUGCGCUUGCCCACGACGCCGUGCUGACGGUACGCGCGCGCCCAACGCUGACCGCCGUCACGCGCGUCAGGCCCCUUCUUCCACAUCACCGACUCCUCCAAGCUGGGCGAGUCGCUGUUUCAGAUGCGCCGAGUGAUCACAGCAGCCGAUGACAGUGCGGACGUUCCCCCUCAAGCCUUUCCAGUCUUUGUCGAUGUGCGCGACGUAGCCCUCGCGCACGUUCGAUGUGUCGAGCGCAACGUCAAUUCGCGUUACCUCAUCGCCAAGGGAACUUUCAGCAACCAAUUUGUUGUUGAUCAGGUGCACGAGCACUUUCCUAGCGAGGCGAUCAAGUACAAGCUACCGCGCGGCAAGAAGGGCGAGUAUGCGGAUGACGACCCAAAAAUUUGCAUGCUCGAACACGACAAGAGCCAGCGCGAGCUAGGCGUGGAGUACACGUACACGCGCGAGGAAACCUUUUACGAGACGAUUCGAGACAUUUUCGAGCAUCUAUAG